CACACAGUCUGCUGCUCGGCUCUUUCUUGCCAGUUUGGCGGGGGCUCUGUUAGUGUAGGCAGGUCGUGUAAUGUCAGCCCAGCCUUUAAAAUGGUUUUAAAAUAUGUCUUACGUGUCGUAAUACGUAGUAACUAACUUACAGGUAACUCGCUUUCAUCGUUGGCUUUCUAUUUGGACCAUACAGUCUAUGAUGAUUUGGACAUUAGCCGGCUAAUUCAGCUAACUGUUAGGUCAACUUGCUAAGUGACGUUGGUACUCUUCAAACAGCACUGUGGUAUUGUAGGUUGACGCUAAACAUUACAGAGAGCUUUAACAGAGGAUGCUUGAGUCAAUAAAAGUAACAGAAAGACUCCACUGGCCAGAAGUAGAAAUGUCCAAAAAGUAUAUCUUAAACUCUGCUGACAACGCACUGAGUCCAAGCCAAGUGUACCUGGAAAAAAUUUCUUCAGGCGUCCUCAAAGACCUCUUCAGCACUGGCUCCAGCAGCUAUAACGUCCUGCUGCAGGCUGAGAAGGAGGAGAAGCUGAUCCCCAAGCAGUCCCCAUACAAGAGACCAAAAACAUCAGGGAAAUGUAGCACCACAUUUAGUAAAAGAAACCGUCCAGGCCUGGGUUUUAAAAAGGUACGUGCUCCAGAAGUUGUCGGGAAACCUGCGCAGACAAAUCGUGUCCUCUCAGGAAGCAGCUCCAAUCUGCCUAAACCAGCACGAAACAUCGCAGUUGUGGGCAGGACCAUGGGCCUAAACCCUCGGACAGUUCCACAGCUCAGGAAGAUGUGCAUUCCCACUUCUCCUCGCACUAAACUUCCCUCGCUGCACAAAGCAGCAAUCACAAGGGAGGUGGAAAAUGCCAAGAAGCUCUGCAUCCUUACAGCCAUAAAGCCAUCUAAUGUUGAGAAAGAGAAGGCCAAGUUUUUCAAGUCUGACUUCAACUACAAUCCACAGUUUGAGUACAGCAACCCCGUUUCUCCACUUGUCCUGGCACGUCAUAACAAUGCCUCUGAUCGCUUCCUGACAAAGGCAGUACACAUCAUGGAGCUUGCUCUGCAGCGAUAUGGCAGCUACGAGAAGUUUGAACAGGUCACUGGUGGCCAGCUCCUCACCAGGAGUCGCAUCUGGCACAAUGUCAAGAAAUACAUGGAGAAAGAAGGCUGCAUGGGGGAGAUCGUAGUUCAGGUGACAGAUGACCUCCUGUCCAGAGCCUCCAUGACGGUGGUGAACAGCAGACCCACACUGACCAUCAACGUCUCCACUGCACGAGAGCACUGGCUGGAAGGCAUGCUGAGGCAUGAGAUAGGUACACAUUAUUUCCGUGGCAUCAACAACUGCCACCAGCCAUGGAGCAGCAGCGUGGGCAGGAAGAAGCACAACCUGAAGCCUCUGAACCCCACAGAGGAGGGCCUGGCCAGCAUUCACAGUGUCCUGUUCCGGAAAGACCCCACACUGUGGCGCGCCGCCCUGCUCUACUACACCGUCUACCAGGCCAGCCACAUGUCCUUCUCUCAGCUCUUCCAUGAUCUGGGACGCUUCGUCCAGGACCCCAAUACCCGCUGGGACUACUGUGUCCGAGCCAAGAGGGGCCAGACCAAUACAGCACAGCCAGGUUGCUUCAGUAAAGACCAGGUCUACCUGGAUGGUAUCCUGAAGAUCCUGAAAUACAGAGACAAAAUCAACUUUCCACUGCUGAUGGCUCUAGGAAAGGUGUCAUUUGAAGACGUGGACCGCCUGAAAGCACUGGCUCAGAUGGAGAACGUCCGCAUCCCGCACUUCAUGCAGGACCAGACGAGGUAUGCCGAGCAGCUUACGAAAAUCAUGACGUUCAACCAGCUGACUGACGAGGAGCUCAAGACCAUUGUCUGAGCCUACUCCGGGCUCCUGCACAAACCUGAUCACACCCGUAUUAAAUCUGUCACAACACUGCCAGCCCUGGCCCGCAUGCCUCAACACCAACACCAUUACUGUGCAUGGUAGAAGAGUGUGUGACUUGUGCAGUGUACUGUAUUGCAUGUACCGGGGAGUUGUGUUAGACAGGAUACAUACAUUUAAUCUGAUAGUAGCUUUUAAUUAAAAAUCUGUUACAGCCCAGUCAUUUCUCUUCUGAUACAGAAGGAAUGUGUUGCUUUUAGGGCUGGAUGUAGUUUGAACAUUUCCUUUACCAGUGCCAAUACAAUACCUUAAUGUUUCUAAUAUUUUUCAAUACCUUACAUUAUUUACUUGUUACCAAGCACUUAAUGCCAAUUUCUUUUUACCCGACAGCUUCUGAGUCAAGAUAGUUCACUUUGCGGUUCGAUACCCAGUGUUAGGUGGGGAGUGCUUUCAUUUAUAUCUUCUCUGUAGCUACAUUAGCAUGGUUUUAAAAGCAAACGUUUAAUAUCCCAUGCUCACCUAAAUUAGAGCCUGAAUGAUACUGGAUUGUUUAGGCUUGUAUUGAUGUUUGAGAUGUCAGUUGAUGUUUCUUUUUUAACAAUCCUGUGAUUAAACGUGUUGGAUAAGCGUCCUUUAAAUUUGGUCGUUAAAAUAUUGUGACCAAGAUAUAUACCUAUACACCUGUCAGUGCUUUGUGGUUCACAAAAUCUGUUUUAGUUUACUUGUGCAUAUACACUUACAUAUUUUAGGGAUUUCUGAGCUUCUAUUCCAUUGCAUGCCCUGUUGCCUUGAUGGAGAAAACUAGCUACCCAUGCUGAAAGGAUAAUCAGUAGAAUCAUCACACCAUACCAUCUGAUAGGUAACGUGAGGAAAUAUUGUGGAAUUAACGCUGGAAAAUCUGGAUAAAGGUGCAGGUGUUUGCUUACUUUUCAAAUGCAUUAAAGAAACGUGAGGCACCAGAGCCACUGUGAACAACGUUAAUUCUACAACAUAUUUUAGCAUUCGGCUGAGUGGGUUGCAUUCAAGUUCAUUUGAUCAAAUGAUGUGCUAAUUUGAAUGUAUUCUGAAUAUAUUUUUUAAAGAAUGAUGUGGUGGUGUGAUAAGCUAAACCAGCCAGUGAAAUCGGCUGCAAUAAUAUAUCCACUGGGCUCUAAUCUAAAUACUGCCCCAGACGCAAUUUCAACCUGACCGACAUGAGAUUACCUGAAUGCUUAUUUUUCUGUGUGAAGUUGUGCAUGAAUAGGGUUACAUUUAGACAUAUGGAAUUACCAUUAGUUUAAGCAUAAGCCAUCAAAAAGUUGUUGUUGAUCUAGUUCCAAAAGGCUUUGUCUUUCUCUCAUGCACCUAUGAUCUAAGUGUACUUACCUAGUGUUUUAUAUCCAUCACUUUAGUGAAGAUGAACACAUUCUUGCAUUCUUUUUUCCUCUAGAGACAACUUAAGGUUACUAUUUUUGUAGUACAGAUGUUAGGCAUUAAAACAGAGUUGUUGCUCGAGAGAAAGAUGGCGAAAGCAGGGUGGUUCACAGCAGCUGUCUUACUAGAGGGAGAUGGACAGAUAACUAACACAGGCCUGCUAAUUAAAGCUGAGCUUUUCUGCAUUGUCUGACAUUUGCUGAAAAGAAAAUGUCCCUGAAGUGUGAAAGUCAUUUAAUGCUGUGUCAAUUUGAAGGUGUGUUAAGCAUUACGCUCUAUGAAGCUCCAGUGAUCCAAGGGAACUGACUUGAAGCCCUAUUUGCACUUUGUUACCUUUGAUCUACCUUUUCACCUGCACUGACAUGGGCAGUUACUGUGUUGGUGUCUUUUAGACAGACUGAUAUAUUGAUGUUUUACAAAACAAACCACACGCCUCGUGGUUUUACUGUGAUACUUGAUGAGUUUUUGUGUUGUUAAUACCAAGAAUGAUCUAAUAUUGGGAGCACGUGUGCUGGUCCGCUUCCUCAAAGACCCCUUAAAUGGUACAGUAAAGUAACAUGGCAUUUCUAUGUGAUGUUUUCUAUUUGAUUUUUUGGUGAUAUUCAUAGAUAUAAUCUUCAAAUAAAGUGGACUACCUGAAAA